UUCCAACUUCCCGGAAACAGCAAAAAUUACCCUCUUUAAUGCCAUUUAGCCCAUUGUUUUGCCGUUUCCGUUUCCGUUGACUCUCUCUCUCUCUCUCUCUCUCUCUCAAUCUAUGUACACAUAUAUAUCUCUCUCUCUGGAACCAGAAUUUGACUAUCAGCUCAAUCACAGCCGGAUCCAAUGUAGGCAUUCGGUUUCAAUUUUGCUUACAACGAAUUGUUCUAUUCCACGCAGGAAUCUCGUUUACAAGCAUUGACAACCUCGCCGCAUCAGCCCACCGCCGCUCCGACCCGCCAUCAAGGGAGAAUGACAUUGUUGGUUGUGAAGCAAGAUCGAUUGAACUGCUACGCUGAUAAUGAAAUUCAUGUCUUCGCCAAAACACCAACCUUUUCCCGUGUUGCACGAAAAAGAAGAAUUCAAGAAUCCUUUAAUGUUGAUCAUAAAAGAAUAGAAAUUGCAAAGGAGGAGGAUGAGGAUUACAGUCCGGAAGAUUUUGUUAAGGGAAGUAGAUGCCGACAAGGCAAAGGCUCAAAUGGUAGCAGAACCUUUCGGGAAGUAUCGCACACCUUGAAAAAGGAAAGAAGUACUGAAGAGGGAUUAGUGAGUGAAGGUGAAGAAUACGAUGACGAUGACGAUGACGGUGAUGAUGAGGAGGAGGUUAUGGAAUCCUCAAUAAGAACAAAAAUGUUGCCAGUCAAGAAUAAAAGGAAAACACGAGAAAGUAGGGGUUCAAAUGGUAGAAAAAAUGCAGGGAGUCAGAAGGGUGCCCCUAACAAAAAAUGUAGUCUCAAACGGAAGUCCGUCACUAGAAAAUGUGAUGAUGAUGAGGAUUACAAUGUGGGGUCAUCACCUUUGGUUAAGAAAAAGAGAGCUCGAGUAAGCAAAUGGUCUGGUGACUUAAGAACCUCAAUUAAGCUAAGGAAUCUAGAAGAGGAAUUUCAUGGGGAUAUGUAUGAGGAUGCUGCUAAUGAUGAUGACGAGGAGGAGGACAAGGAAAAGAACAUGAAGGGUAAACCACCCACUAGAGCAAAAUGUCCAUCCAAAAAAAGGAGCACUCGAGAAAACAAAAGGUGCAAUGUAAAAAGCAGUUCGCAUAAGCGUUAUGGUGCAUUCAACGAGAAAAGAGUUCGUCAUGAAUAUCCUUCAUCGAGCGAUUGGGAAACUAAUGAAGGUGAAAAGGAGGGCAAGGAGAAUGGAGGGUCAUCAUCAGCAGGAGCAACCCCUUCAUUAACUGGAGAAAUUAGAGGGUCACAUGGUAGAAGGGUUUCAGAAAGACGUCGAAGUGUCCAGAACAAAAUUAGAGCCUUUGAAAGAGACUGCUGGAAUGGUGAUUGGAUAGAUGAUAUUCUUCUAGUGGGAGAAGAUACAAGUAAUAGAAGUGGAGAUUCAGUUAGUUUGAAAGCGGGAAGAAGUUCGACGCACUCCAGAGAGGAAAACUACGAGUCUGAAAACUCUUUAGUAUUUCACUUGCCUUCUGCUUCCUCUUCACCAUGUUCAUCACCUCAGGCUAUUAAAAGUGACCAGAAUAGCGUUACCAGGUGCACAAGUGAUCAUAAGCAGGAAGAUGGGAAAGAACAUUUGAAGUGUCAUCAAUGCAGGAGAAAUGACAUAAGAGUUGUCGUUCCGUGCACCAAAUGCAAACAGAAACUAUACUGUGUUCAGUGUAUCAAGCGAUGGUACCAACAUUUGUCUGAAGAAGAAAUUGCUGAGAACUGCCCAUUUUGUCGUGGAAAUUGCAAUUGCAACUUGUGUUUGCACUCAGGUGGCAUGAUUAAGGUGUCAAAAAAAGAUCUUACUGAUCAGGAAAAGGUUCAAAAUCUUUAUUAUUUGAUCAAGUCUAUUCUUCCAUUCGUAAAACAAAUUGUGAAAGAACAAAGAGAGGAGAUACGUGAGGAGUCUCUUUUGUCUCCGUUGGUUAAGAUAGAAGAGUCCUUUUGCCGCAAUGAUGAGCGUGUGUAUUGUAACUACUGUGCAACUUCAAUCGUUGACCUUCAUCGAAGUUGCCCAAAUUGCCCCUUUGAGCUCUGUCUUAGUUGUUGCCGUGAGAUUCGGAAGGGAGAGGCCGUUGGAAGUGGCAACAAAGUAAUUUUCCGAUACAGAAAUAGAGGCUACGAUUACAUUCACGGUGGAGAUCCUUUACCGAAUUCUUGUCCUGUGGAAACUUCUAAGGACCAUAACAAGCCUUUGACCAAAUGGGUUGCUAAUGAUGAUGGAAGCCUAACUUGUGCCCCAACAGAAAUGGGUGGGUGUGGGAAUGGUGUGCUGAAGCUCAAGCGUAUUCUUCCACAGUGUUGGAUUUCAAACUUGGGGACCAAAGCAGUAGAAAUAUUAAGAAAGUUUGAUGCAGACCAAACAAUCUCUAGGCAUAGGCCCAAUAAUCUCGACAAGUGCAACAAGAUGUCAAGGAGAGCUGCUUCUAGAGAAGGCACAAAUGACAACUAUUUGUAUUGCCCGAAUUCAAAAGAUGCCCUAAAGGAAGAAGAGCUAUUGCAAUUCCAGAGACAUUGGGUGAAUGGUCAACCCGUGAUAGUUCGAGAUGUCCUUGAGCAGACUAAUGGUUUGAGUUGGGAGCCCAUGGUCAUGUGGCGUGCUCUGUGUGAACACUUGGAUCCGAAUGUCAGUUCAAAAAUGUCGGAAGUUAAGGCGAUUGAUUGCCUGGCUGGUUGUCAGGUCGAGAUAAAUACACACCAAUUUUUUAAAGGUUAUACAAAUGGAAGACAAUAUGGGAAUUUCUGGCCAGAAAUGCUCAAGCUUAAGGACUGGCCUCCAUCUGACAAAUUUGAUGAUUUGUUGCCACGCCACUGCGAUGAGUUCAUUAGUGCAUUGCCGUUUCAGGAAUACACAGAUCCCAGGGCUGGUUUUCUUAAUCUCGCUGUAAAAUUGCCUCCCGCUGUCAUAAAGCCUGACUUAGGUCCAAAGACAUAUAUUGCAUAUGGGCUUGCUGAAGAACUUGGCAGAGGAGAUUCUGUAACUAAGCUUCAUUGUGAUCUGUCAGAUGCGGUGAAUAUUUUGAUGCACACUGCAGAGGUAGACUUAGAUGAUAAGCACUGUGUUGCAAUUGAAACACUGAAAAAGAAGCAUCAAGCUCAAGAUGAACAAGAACGCCUCACUAGAGAGAUGGAUGGUAGUCUCAUUAAAACUUGCCAUAGUGUCAAUGAACAGAAAGUGGACUUGGACGUGAAACAUGAACGUAAUGAUAGAGCUGUCGCUGGUGCGUUGUGGGACAUAUUCAGGAGGGAAGAUUUACCGAAGUUAGAAGCCUAUCUCAGGAAGCACUCUAGAGAAUUUAGGCAUACUUAUUGCUCUCCAGUUGAAGAGGUCGUUCAUCCAAUUCAUGACCAAUGCUUCUACCUGACUUUGGAGCAUAAACGGAAGCUGAAGGAGGAAUUUGGGAUAGAGCCAUGGACUUUUGAGCAACGUCUUGGAGAUGCGGUGUUUAUUCCCGCAGGUUGCCCGCAUCAAGUCAGAAAUCUCCAAUCAUGUACAAAAGUUGCUGUGGAUUUUGUUUCUCCUGAAAAUCUCCAUGAGUGCAUUCGAUUAACUGAGGAGUUCCGACGACUGCCAAAGAACCACAAGGCUAGAGAGGACAAACUAGAGGUGAAGAAGAUGAUUCUUCAUGCAAUGAACCAAUCUAUACAAGACUUGGAAGCCUUGAGCAGGGGGAAAAGGUGAUGGGUUGUGGAAAAAGCCAUUUUCUCCAUAGUAGUCCAUGUUUUUCAUUUUUGUCACCAGCUAAUGUUGCUGAAGUUUCCAGUUAAUGUUGCUGAAGUUUUGGCCCUUGGAUUUUCAUAAAUAUUGUGCAAUCUCAGGGGGUGAUCCCACAAGAUUCUGCUAGCCUUCAAUAGAACAUUUAUUAAGGCAUUUUGGCACAAUUGGAAAAAUAAGCGUCCUUUGCUCCUU